ACCAACCACCAAGCCAAGCAAAGCAGCCAGUAAACAGCUAAACACUAAACAGUAAACACUUCAGCGCCUCUAUAUUAUAGAGGUUAGGGAUGUGUUUCAGCAUGCUUCCUUGACCGCAGUGUAACGUGACUGGAUUUCUCUAAUAGUUAAUUCUCAGAUAUUCUUUAAAAAUGUGGUAGAGCAGUUAUUAAUUAGUGUGUUUCUAGUGCUGUGUAAAUUUGUUGUAUAGACCUGAUAUAGUUGAUAGAAUGUAUGCCGGCAUUAUGAGUUAUAAGAUUGUUAUGAAAGUGGUAAUCUUUGUGCUAACCAUUUCUAUGGUUUCUGCUGCAAAUGGAUUUAAUCCCGACGUUUUCUUGCCAACGAAUAAAAUCAUCCAACGACACCACUACCCUUGUGAAGGUCAUGAGGUUAGGACCGAAGACAAUUACUUGCUGACCUUGCAUCGCAUCCCGAGAGGCCGCAAUCCCGACGCUGAUCUGCCCUCCCAGGAUCUCGAUCUGUCCUCCCAGGAUCCUGAUCUGCCCUCCCAGAAGUUGGAUGAUGCUGAGAAUAUUCUAGGCACUACUGCACCUCCUAAGAAGAAGAAAAGUCCAGUUUACCUGCAGCAUGGUAUUCUGGGUUCAUCGGCUGAUUGGAUCAUACAUGGACCGGAGAAAUCACUAGCUUACAUGCUCGCUGACCAAGGGCAUGAUAUUUGGCUAGGUAAUGUACGGGGAAACACCUAUUCAAGAGGACAUGCUACUCUAUCUCCAGAUGAUGUUGCUUUCUGGAAUUUCACAUUCCACGAGAUGGCCAUCUAUGACGCGGCAGCAACCAUAGAUUACAUACUAGACGUGUCAGGCAGUGACGAGCUGUACUACAUAGGCCACAGCAUGGGCACCACCAUAUUCUGGGUGCUCUGCUCUAUGAGACCCGAGUACAACUCCAAAAUCAAAAUGAUGUUCAGCUUGGCUCCCAUUGGCUUCAUGUCCAACGCUCGCUCGCCCAUCAGAUACUUUGCUCCCUAUGCUAAGGAUAUCGAGCUGAUCUCAAGAUGGUUUGGGGACGGUGAAUUCCUGCCUCGCAAUGCUCUUAUCAAUUUUGUGAUGAAGUACGGCUGCGAAAUCAGUGCAUUGGAAGCGAAAAUAUGCGAAAAUAAUCUGUUCAUCAUAUGCGGUCAUGAUCCCGAACAAUUUGAGAAGGAGCUGCUUCCUAUCAUUUUCGGACACACUCCAGCAGGCACUUCAACGAAAGCACUUGCUCAUUACGCUCAAUUGAUUCAAUCAGGCUAUUUUCGGGCAUUCGACUAUGGCCUACCUGGGAAUAUGAUCGAGUAUGGUGAAAUAACUCCUCCUUCCUACAACUUAUCAUUGAUAACAGCGCCGGUUUCAUUGCACUUCUCUGACAACGAUCUUCUCGCCAAUACUAAGGAUGUGAAGAAACUAGCAAUGGCUCUACCAAAUCUAAUAGGAAGCUUCAGAGUGGCGUUCCCUCAAUUCAACCAUCUUGACUUCCUCUACAGCAAGGAUAUCAACAGUCUGCUCAACGAAAACAUCAUGAACAUGAUUCAUAAAUCAGAAUCAGGUAUCACUCCUCGCUUCAACAUGGAUCCUGAAGAAAUAAUCAUUCCCAAUGAAGACGAGGAUCCAGUUUUCAACGACAUUUCCUCCCUGCUAAAACACAAAGCUUACUCCAUUGGCAAGGAGACGCUUGACAACGUCAUGGAUCUCAAAAUGAUGACCGAGAGAAAACUGAAAAUGAUCAAGGAGAAGACCAGGAUGACCAUUGAAAGAAACCUCAAAAGUCUCAAGGAUCUUCUCAUGUUGAAGUUGAAGAAAUAUAGUACAGGUGAUAGUUACGGUGAAAAUAAACAGAUUGAAUUUAGAAAUGAUGCGGAGAAGUACAAUGACUUGAGUAGUUAGCUGAAAUUCUAAUCGAAUACAUUUUUUUUGCUGAACUGAUUUCCGGUGAAUAUUAAUUUAUGUGCUCUAGAUAAAUGUAUAGAUUUUACUACGUUUAGCCUGGAUGACACUGUGUUUCUAUGUAAAUAUUUAGAAAAGCUUUCUGAUGCAUUUCUGAAAUGAGGGAUGCAUUUCACACCCCAGGAGUAGCUGUUUCGUGAUGAAAAACUUCAUUAGUUUCAAUCUAGAUUGGAAUUAUAUUUUUGUUUGACUAUUAUUGAUCAUGAACGAGACUAUGUAACCUAGCUUAAUUCAGAUUGAAGUUAUUACUGUGUUGUGUAUCCACUCUUUUCCACUAUUAACUAAACAUUGAAUUUGAGAAACACUUUGGAAGUGGAAGAUGUUCUAUUUUAUCAGUAAAAGUAAGUAAACUUUUUGACUGCUAGAAGUAAGAGUACUCUUUCCACUUCGAAAGUGUUUAUCUAAAUUAAAUAAUUAAGUUAUUUUUCCUUAUGAACAAUGAUAUGUGAUCAAGCUGAAUUUAUAAAUUUAGAAAAAUUUUGUUGAUGAACUGAUAUGUUAACGUGUUGAACAAGAAAAUGUACAAUAAAUAGUAGGACUAUAUUUCAUCGUUUAAUUAUUUUAGUAUGCGUUUAAAGGUCUGAUGGUUAAGUAGGCUACAGCAAUUAAAUCUUAGUCAUAAUUUAUUGUUGGAAAGGAAACCAAAUUAAUACGGUAUGCUAUCUAUGCUUUUUGACAUCUCUGUAUUAUUUCUGAGACUUGCAUUUUUAAACGAGUUUAAAGAAUGCUCCUCGACCAAUCACGCUUCAGAAACCGAUCAGAGUGAUUCUGUUGGUUGAUUCAACUAUUCUGAUAAAUUUUGGAAGCGUGAAUGAACGUUUUUGAAAUUAUUUCAUGAAGACAGCUCUAGAUUUGAACAAAGUUUAAAUACGAGGAAGUAGAAUAUUGUAAAUCAUGAUUUAGUAGUUGCAUUCUAUAAUAAUAUUAGGUAACUUUAAUAUAAUUAGGAUUUCUUCAUCACUUAAUGAUCUGCGUUUCCAUAUUAUAGUCCUGAAGAUAAUCCAAUCCAGUGUUUCAUAAAUAAGUUAAUAGUAGGUUAUUAUACAAUAAGUUCAAUAUUCUCUCCUACAAUAGGUACUUUUUAAUAAUAUUGUCGAACAAGCUUAUCUGAAUGAUAAGAACCUGAAGUACAUUUAUUUUCGUUGUUUUUCCUAUGUUAUUGCUUUGCCAGAAUUAAACGUUAGAGUAGGAAUGACUUUUCUAAUUCCUUCAACUUAUCUGGUACCUAUAAAAGUAUUCGUUUUUAUGUAGCUGCCAUAUACUCGGACUAAGUUCUAAGUAUUUUUUAUAACAAAAGAGUACAACAAGUUCGUUAUGGAUGAGAUUACAUUCAAACUGAACAUUGUAAAUCAACGAGAAUCAUCUCCAGACAACAUCUAAUAAUAUAACUAGUAUAUAUCUGAGAAUUUCAUAUAUCUAGAUCUAGAAUAUCAGAUACUGUAGUUACAUCUGAGUAUACAUGAGAAUAUUCUGCAGUUUUUCCCAAAAUUGAUCGACUAAAUGCAAACGAAACUUUGAAAAUCAACCGGACUCAUGUCCGUUCAACAUUUGCAACAGAUACUUGUGUAUGUUGUGCAGCUUGUCUCAGCACUGAAUCGAGAAUGACGGCAGCUGAGCGGGGUUGAGCCCGGUUGAUGGGCAGUCAACAGAUGCCGUCACUCUGCCGCUUUUUUGCAUCGCUGUCGAUUUUUUUUCAAAGGCAUCUUCUAUUUAGGGACGUUCAAAACUGUAGGCCUAGUCCUAUUAGUUAGCCUACUCAAUUUUAAAAUGUUUAUUGAUAAAAGAAAAACGACAA